AUGGACACAUCGUUGAGAAUUUCGUUCACAAUUCGUAUGUUGAGCUGUAUCACGGGCUCUCUCAGGUACUGCACAAACUCCGGCGAGCUCAGCAGCUUUUGGAGCUCCGGAUCAUCCACCUUGGGCAGAGGCUUUACUGGCUCUCGCUGGGGCACUGGGGGCACAAAACAACUCACAGGCGAGAAAGUGUGCUCUGGACGGGUCCAGAAGCCACCGGUGCAGAAAUCGUCGCUGGCCAAGCUGGAUCUUGGCAAGGUGCUGGGUAUCAAAGAGACCGCAAAGCUUGAGGUGGCGGAAAGUAGCGUAAAUGUGGACCUUUUGCGAGUCAACAAGGAACCAGAGGAAAUGAGCGAGGACGAAGAUGCGCAAGAGACACAGCGCAGGUCUGCUGACGGAUCGGACUCGCCCAAUAUGGUGGAGUUCGACAUGGCAAAGUUCUACGCUGAAAAUCAGAAACUCAUCAGCUCCGGCAAGCUCGACCACAAGGACAUUGUCCUGCAGAACUCGCGUGCCACCUAUUACGGUGUCGGGAACAAUAACCUAUCAAACGUGAUCAGUUUCACAGAGAAGAACAGCGACAAGAUCCAGCACCAGAUCGAGUCCGACAGGCGGAAACUGGCCGCAAAGGGCAGACGUGGUGACAGAUAG